UUGGCUUAAGUCAUAUAAAAGCCAAGCCGCCACUAUUGUGCAGCAUCAGUUUCCGAUUUGAAUCUCUUGGAUUAACAUUAGCUCCUGGAUCAUUUUUAAUUCUAUUUAGAAGUUCGAAUAAAUUUAUAGAAAUGAUGAAGUGCUUUAUAAUCUUCACGGUCCUUAUUGUGUGUGUGGUGGUUAGAGCUGAAAUCAAAUCGGAAGGAGAUUCUGAGUCAGCGCCAUCUGAAAUCGAAAUCUCAGAAAAUCAGUUGAAGAAACAGGAGAAACGUGGAAUAGGAUACAAUACUCUUGGUGGUUAUACAAGUGGAUUGGGUGUUGAUGGAGCAUUAGGAGGAGUUGGAGCAUUAGGUGGAGUUGGAUACAACGGCAUUGCUGGAUAUAAUGGAGGAGUUGGAUACUCAGGUGCUGUAGGCGGUUACAAUAGCGCUUAUUAUAGUCCUUAUACACCACCCAGAGUAGCGGGUCUUGGAGCAGGUAUCUCCAGCUACACAAAUCCAGGAUAUUACAACAGUGGAUAUAAUACGGGAUAUAGUGGUUUGGGUGGAUAUACUGGAUACAAUUCUGGUUAUGGAUACCCAUCAACAGCAGCUGCAUAUAGUAGCUCCCGACUAGGAUAUCCAUAUACUCGUCAAGGCUAUUACAAUUCGUAUCCAUCAAGUUAUUACAACAGUCAACUUGGAAGCAGUAUUGUAGGAGGUGGUCUAGGACUUGGCGUUGGCCCUACACCAGUUCCAGUUGUUGCAGGUGGGGGUUAUCAGUACGGACCUGGUAUUUCAGGAGGAAUAUAUUAAUUUAAUUGAAAUGGUAGAGGAGAAGAUAACAAUUUUGCAAUUAAUUUUUUUUAUAACGAAGCAAUGGUGUAUUAAUAAAAGAAACUUAUUUAU